AUGUCAUUUUUAAUAGACGAUAUUUUGAAUAGUAAAAACGCUAUACAGACUCAGGAAAAUCACGAUAUAGAAAGUGUUUCUUCAAAUUUACCGCCCUUAGAAAAAAAUAAUGAGCAACAUGGAGCAAUUAAUCUCGGUUUUAGUGAACAGAACAGUAUUUUACAUCAGACUUUAUUAAAUCGGCUCAAUUCACCUUAUUUUAGAACUAGUGAACCUCGAGUACCAAGUUUAGACAAUUACCAACAUUUGUGUUACGAUCCGUCCUAUUUAAACUAUUACAGAAGUUUUUAUGAGAGAGAAUAUUCAACUUUACAACGACAAAAGCCAUGGCCCACAUCCCCUUACGAUAACCAACCAAACUAUCUUUCCUAUGCUAUGCAAUAUAAAUAUAUGUAUAGUCCUAGCAAACGGAAAGGAGGACAAGUUCGUUUCACGGCAAAUCAAACGGAUAUUUUGGAGAAAAGGUUUUGUUCUAAUAAAUAUUUAAGUCCAGAAGAGAGAAAAGUUCUGGCGGAAUCUCUGAGUUUGUCCGAUAGACAAGUGAAAACUUGGUUUCAAAAUAGAAGAGCCAAAUGGAGAAGAAGUCAUUCUAACGGCGGACAACCUCAAGGUGCAAUGUCAAAUUCAACAGAUGGGGAUAUAAUUAAAACAGUUAAAGAAAAUUGAACAUAUUUAUUUUGAGAAUCAGGAUGAUGCUGAGUACAAAUGAGUUAGAACCGUGUGUCAGUUUUAGAAAUGCCUGUAAGGAAAUGUUGAUCAAGUGAAGGAUCCAAAAGACUGUAUACGAAUUUUAAACGAAAUUUUGUAUAUAUAAAACAUUUAUUUUAAAAAAUAAAUUAGUUGCUAGCACAUAUUACAUCAAAUUUUAUUGAAAAUAGAUACGUAAAUUACGGUGCAAUGAAUAUUGGUAACAUGCAUGGUUGAUAUCACUUUUUGUUGUACUUUUUAUUAUGAAGUAUACUUGUAACUAUAGACUGGCGAGGAUUGCGAAGUUUCCUAAACCACUUUUGCAAAAAAAAUGUAUAAAAUUCAAAUUUAGAGUUACGAGCCCACCUUAUCAUUUCGGCAGCAAAAAAAUCAUGACUCUUAUAGUUGUAUA